CUUUUUUUUUUUUUUUUUUUUUUGCGGUACGCGGGCCUCUCACUGUUGUGGCCUCUCUUGUUGCGGAGCACAGGCUCCGGACGCGCAGGCUCAGCGGCCAUGGCUCACGGGCCCAGCCACUCCGCGGCAUGUGGGAUCUUCCCGGACCAGGGCACGAACCCGUGUCCCCUGCAUCGGCAGGUGGACUCUCAACCACUGUGCCACCAGGGAAGCCCCUCCAACUAAUUUUUAUAAGACAAUAUUACCUUGAUACCAAAACCAGAAAAAAAUGUUACAAGAAAUAAAUAUAUAUAUGAAACUACAAUGAGAUAACACAACACACCUAAUAUAAUGGCUUAAAAGAAAACUUGACGACAGCAAAAAGUGCUGGCAAGAAUACGGAGCAAAAAUACAGAGCAACUUUCAUACAUUGGUAGUGGGGAGUUAAAAUGGCACAAUCAUUUUGGAAAACAUAGUUUUGUAUUUUCUUAAAAGUUAAAUAUAUCAUUUAUCACGUGACCCAGCAUUUUACUCUGAAAUAUUUACCCAAGAGAAACUAAAACAUAUGUUCACAAAAAGACAUAUAUGCAAAUAUUUAGAGCAGUUUUUUUUACAGUGGUCAAAAACUAGAAACAAUACUAAAUGUCUAUCAGCAGGUGAAUGGGUAAACAAAUUGUGGUGCAUCCCUGUAAUACUGUCAUAUUGACAUACAAUAGUAAUAAAAUAAAUAGAAUUGCAAUAAAGAGGAUCAAAUACUAACACUCAGGGGUAGCAAUUUUAAAAAUUAAACUACUGACACCCACAAUCACAUGGAUAGAUCUCAAAAACAUUAUACCCAACAACAACAACAACAAAAAGCCAGGCCCAAAAGAGUACAUACUGUAUGAUUCCAUUUAUAUGAAAUUCUUAAAAAGACUGAUCUACAGGGCUUCUCUGGUGGUGCAGUAGUUAAGAAUUCACUGCAGCAUUGUUUAUCAUUUAUAACAGUGAGACAUUGGAAAUACAUGUCCAUCAUUAGGACAAAUCAGUUGUGCUGUAUUAAUUCAACAGGAUGGUGUAAAUAGUGAACAUGAAUGAACUACUUGCUAUGGACAACAUGGAUAGAUCACAAAAACUUAAUUUUAGGAGAAGAAAAAACUCUAUCCAGUGAAUGGACAGAAUAUACAACUUCUGAGCUUCCCUGGUGGCGCAGUGAUUGAGAGUCUGCCUGCCGAUGCAGGGGACACGGGUUCGUGCCCCGGUCCGGGAGGAUCCCACAUGCCGCGGAGCGGCUAGGCCCGUGAGCCAUGGCCGCUGAGCCUGCGCAUCCGGAGCCUGUGCUCCGCAACGGGAGAGGCCACAACAGUGAGAGACCCGCGUACCAAAAAAAAAAAAAAAAAGAAUAUACAACUUCUAGCAAGUACAGUAGAUCCUCCUCAUUCAUGGACUCCAAUAUCUGUUUCCCAGGACGACCUUCAAGAUGGCGGAGGAGUAAGACGCGGAGAUCACCUUCCUCCCCACAAAUACAUCAGAAAUACAUCUACAUGUGGAACAGCUCCUACAGAACACCUACUGAACGCUGGCAGAAGACCUCAGACCUCCUAAAAGGCAAGAAACUCCCCACGUACCUGGGUAGGGCAAAAGAAAAAAGAAAAAACAGAGAAAAAGAAUAGGGAUGGGACCUGGACCUCUGGGAGGGAGCUGUGGAAGAGGAAAAGUUUCCACACACUAGGAAGCCCCUCAACUGGCAGAGACGGUGGGGGGGGGGGCAAGCUUCAGAGCCACGGAGGAGAUCGCAGCAACAGGGGUGCAGAGGGCAAAAAAAUUUGAUCAUUUGACCAAAAUGCAGUGACCAGAGGCUGGCAGAACUCAACCCCAUACAUCCCCUAGCAGCAGUGGUCCAGUGUCUGCUAAUUCAGUGUUCCUGGUGACAUUAUAGAACAUAACUUCCACGAACAUGGAGACAGUAGACCGGAUUAACAUUCACAGGGCAGCAUGGUGGCUAAGAGCAUAGGCUCUGGAGGCCAGCUGUCUGGUUCUAAGUCUGCCAUUUACAUAGUGGUGUGAAUUUGGAUAACUCAUUAGCCUCUUUGCAUCUCAGUGUCCUUUUUGAAAAUGAGGUACUAAUAUUAGUACCUAUCUCAUCAUUCGGGUGUCGUUAGAGUUAAAUAACAUGCAGCCGAUGAAGCACUCAGCACAGUGUCUGGUAGAUGUCCUCAACAUGUAAGUUAUCACUAUUAUUAAUAUUAAUUUAUAUUUGAAACAAGAAUGAUCAUGUUUGUUUAGGUAAUUAUAAACAUAGGCACAUGCAAUUUUAGAAUUUCAGAAGCUGCACAACAAAGAACAUAAUAACUAAAAUGGAGUUACCAUUCUAACACCAUUUUUCCCUAAAUGACUGACAAAUAUGGCCAGUGUAGAGAAAAACAUUUCACCUGAAAUGAGUAUGCAUGCUACUGUGAUUUAUAAUAGGAAAUAUAUAUAUCUUGAUCUGUGCCCCUGGCUCCUAAAGCCCUUGUAAAUUCCUAGGUGACAAGAGCAUUAGGAGCAUCUUUUGUUCUAGUAUUUGGUCACUGACCCCAGUUUCUGACACAAGGGAAACCCUUGUAAUUUCCUGGUGAUAGGAGUGUCUUUUGAUCCAAUGAGGUGACUGGGUGGGCUCUUGGAUGGCUCCUGGAUAAGGGCUCUGGAGAGACCAAGCCAUGAUUAGAAGCUUAGAAUUUUCAGUCCCACCCCCCAUGCUCUUGAGACGGGAGAAGGACUGGAAAUGAAGUUAAUAAUUGAACUUGCCUGUGUGAUGAAGCCUCCAAAAAAAUCGCAAUAACAUGGGGUUGAGAGAACUUCCAGGUUGGUGAACACAUCCAUGAACAGAAAGGGUGACACACCCCAACCCUACUGGAGACAGAAGCUCCUGCACUCAGGACCCUCCCAGAUCUCGCCUUAUGUAGCUCUUCAUCCGGCUGUUCAUCUGUGUCCUUUAUCAUAUCUUUUAAUAAACUGGUAAACCUAAAUAAAUGUUUCCCUGAGUCUGUGAGCCACUCUAGCAAAUAAUCGAAUCCAAGGGGAAGAAAGUCAUGGGAACCUCUGAUUUGUAGCCAAGACAGAGAGAAGUUGUGGGUAACCUGGGGAUCUACAACUUGCAAGUGGCAUCUGAAGUGGGGAGCAGUCUUGUGGAACUCAGCCCUUAACCUGUGGGAUGUGACGCUAUCUCCAGGUAGACAGUGUCAGAAUUGAGUUAAAUUGUAGGACACCCAGCUGAUGUUGCAGAAUUGUUUGAUGUAGGGGGAAAAAACACACACAUUUGGUGACCACAAGUGUCAGAAGUGAAGUAUUCUGUGUGAAAGUAAAGGAGACACAUGGGAGGUGGAGACCUGUGGUUUUCCCUGCACAGAAGGAAAAACUGGGUGGUUUUCAACCCAACAUCAUUUUGUAUCACCACUUUCUUUGCCCACAUUCUAGUGGAAAUGAAAUGGGGAAGAAAAGGCAAAGGAUAAAUGAAAUGGAGAAGACAUUUUCUAAAUAAUGCACAAAUAGGAUAGCUAACCUAAAAAAUCCAUCAAAUUUUACUCAAAAAUUUAUCUACACUUAAAACAUUUAUGAGAGCCAUCUACCCCUCGAUAAUCUUGAAUUCUGUCCCCCCUACAAAAUUUUCUUAUGCCUUCUUAUUAGAUCAGAUAAACACAAACUGAAACCUAGUCCCUGGUCCAUUUUGGGUUUCAUGGAACUAAAGUCACAAAGGGUGUUCAUGAAACACUCAGUUUACUUCCCCUUCAAUCUCCCUUCCUUGGCUGACUGCCCUGGAUACCUAUUAUAAUAGAAAAUCAAUCAUCAAUAAAUCAAUAGAAGAAACAAAGUUUGCUAAAUGUUCUUUAAAUCACUCAGAUUUGAAUGAUUCAUCAUGCCAAAUUUGGCUGGAUUCUUUCAAGAUCCAGGCAUCAGUUCAUCAGAUAUUUGUUAUUAUGGUUGGAUUAACAGUUUUUUGUUUGUUUUAUUUUAUUUACCUUUCGACUGAAUUACUUUAAUUUCUGGGUGACUUUGUUCUUCAGUUUGUGCUCUUUGUUUUAUUAUAACUAUGUGCAUAAUUAGGCAGCUAUACCAUAGGGAGUAGAGAAUGUGUCAAAUCUACAUCCUUGAGGGCUGUGGGUUAGAAUUUGAUUCGACAGAAAGGAUGUAACUUAACAAUGUAAAGGGAACAUUCUGUAAAUUAUUUUCUAAGAGUCCAAGAUGGGAGAAUAGUUUUGAUAUGAUAGGCAACUGGAAGCCACAUUAGUUUUUUGACCUAAUAACUGCUAAGAUUUAUUGAAUGCUUAUGUGCCAGCAGUGUCUUAAGUGCUUUGCAUGUAUUAAUUUAUUUACUCCUAGCAGUCCUAUAGAGUAGGUACAGUGAAUAUUCCCCGACUGUCAUUGCCCAGCCAGGAAAACAGAAACCAUUGUAGGUAUUUCAAACAAGGUAUUUAAUACAAGGACUUGGUUGCAAAAGUGUUGGAAGGACUAGAGGAAUAAAGGGGGAGAAGAUAAUAUAACUUCAGGAAGGUACUUCCCUAAAAUGGGAAGAGAAAUACUCACAGGGCUGUAGCUGCUGCUGAAACCAGUAAUCCUGCCAGAGCCCACAGUUGCCCGCAGCUGCCAAGGUCACACCUGCCAUCUGUGUUACAGAAACCCACCAGAGUGGUCUGCUGCUGAAGGAGCCAGAAAAUAAAUGAUCCCCCUUUCAAUCUCUCUCUUUUAUAUUUUAAUAUUUUUAAUGUUUAUUCUAUUUUAUGGUUUUGUUCUUUUAUUUUUAAAACAUAUUUGCAAACUCUGCACAAACUAAACAUCCAUCAACGGAGGAAUGGAUAAAGAAGAUGUGGUACAUAUAUACAAUGGAGUGUUACUCAGCCAUAAAAAAGAAUGACAUGAGGCCAUUUGAAGAGACAUGGAUGGACCUCGAGAUUGUCAUACUGAGUGAAUUUAGCAAUGGAGUCUUUCUCUGCUGAGACCAAUUCAACUGACCUACCAUCACAGCCCUGGGAUGAACCCCAAGUAAUUCUCUCCAUGGUCAUUCUCAGUUUCACUUUCCUACUGGGAUUGCCAGGCAACGGGCUGGUGCUGUGGGUGGCUGGCCUAAAGAUGCAACGAAGUGUGAGCACCGUUUGGUUUCUCCAUCUCACCUUGGCUGACUUUCUCUGCUGCCUCUCCCUGCCCUUCUCCCUGGUUCACUUGGCUCUCCAAGGACGCUGGCCCUACGGCUGGUUCCUAUGCAAGCUCAUCCCCUCCACCAUUGUCCUCAACAUGUUUGCCAGCGUCUUCCUGCUGACCGCCAUUAGCCUGGACCGCUGUCUUUUGGUACUCAAGCCAAUCUGGUGCCAGAAUCAUCGCAACGUGGGGGCAGCCUUCACUAUCUGUGGAUGUAUCUGGGUGGUGGCUUUUGUAAUGUGCAUACCUGUGUUCAUAUACCGGGAAACAUUCACUAUAGACAACCAUAGUAUGUGUGGCUACAAUUUUGGUCUCUACAGAUCAUUAGAUUAUUCAGACUUCAACUUUGAUCUACUGGAAAACGGGUCUCUUGACAACUCCAUUGUUGAGCUGCCUGAAGAAACGGAUGAUAGGUUAGAUUCUUUCUCUCAACAAACAAAUGCUUGUCCCUGGGCAGCCACUGCUGGCCUCUGUUCUCAAAUAUCUCAAAGAACUUCUGGACAUUCACUCCCUACGGAUUCAGCUAGAUUAUCUGUUCAACAUCCAUAUUAUAAUGUAUUUAAACCAGCUGAUGAGCUCUCAGCUACAAUCCCCAGUGAUUUUCCCAUUGAAGAUCACAGAACUAACCCACUGGAGAACUCUGAUGCUUUUCUUCCUGCUGAUUUAGACCUUUUCGCUAGUGCCUCCGGCAACUCCUCAUACACAUCCGAGCUAUUGGAAGAUUUCCAGGAUGAUUAUUUAGGCCAAUUUGCAUACGGCCAUCAAGUGCCAGCACCCCAGGUAGCAAUAACCAUCACUAGGCUAGUGCUGGGUUUCCUGUUACCCUUUAUCCUCAUGGUGGCCUGUUACAGCCUCAUCAUCUUCCGAAUGCGUUGGAGCCGCUUCACCAAGUCCCGGAGCAAAACCUUGAGAGUGGCUAUGGUGGUGGUGGCUGUCUUCCUCGUCUGCUGGGCUCCGUACCACAUUGUUGGAACCCUCUUACUGUUUAUUGACCCAGAAACUCCCUUUGGGGAAGCUCUGUUGUCCUGGGACCAUGUGUCUCUUGCUUUAGCAUCUGCCAAUAGUUGCUUCAAUCCCUUCCUCUAUGCCCUUCUGGGGAAAGAUUUUAGGAAAAAAGCAAAACAGUCCAUGCAGGGAAUUCUGGAGGCAGCUUUCAGUGAGGACUUGACACACUCUACCAGCUGCCCCCCAAACAAAGUCUCUUUGGAAAAAAACAGUAUCAGUACAGUUGUGUGAAAAUAUGGAGCAGCUGACCCAACCAGAGGUUCUUAGGCAUUCACCCAGCGCAUCAUAUUUCUAAAAAGACGACAGAGAUAGGGAGCAGGGGAUUUCAGAAACUGUCAGAGAAUCAGUCCAGAGGGUCUUAAAGUGUGGUCCCAGACUAGUGGCAUCGGUAUCACCUGGAAAGUUGAUAGAAAUACAAAUUCUCCAGCCCCACCAGAGACUUGCUGAAUCAGUCUCUGGGGGUGGGGCUCACACAGCGUUUUUACAAGCUCCCUUGUUUCGGAUGAAUGCUAAAUUUGGGAAGCAUUGUAAAAAUUAGUCUAUUUCUAUCUCAAACAAAGCCACGUGAGAUAAAUGCGAAGGCAGUCUCCUUUAAAAUGUUUCCGUCAUUAAAUGUCUUUCUAAUUUCCUUCCAGAUUCAAGUUAAAACCAUUUCUUCUAGUCCUACCUGAGUGAAAGGUGAUCAUUUAUUCUAUGGCUUUGUUGUGGUGAUGGUGGUGGUGAUAGUUUUAAAUGAAAACAAAAGGUGCGAAAAGAAAGUCUAUGAAAACAAGGAGUUAUGGGUCUGAGUCUGGAGCAGAGCACAACGCCAGAUGCCUGCAGCUUGGAAUACUCCUGCGCACAGGACGCAGGGAUUCUGAGUUUCCAUUAUUACAACUAAAUAAGCGUCUAUUGUGUAAAGACAGACUACUUAGGCAUCUAAAGACUUUCUCAUGAAACAGUAUGUAAGCCACAGUUCGGGGAGUUCUCUCUUCCCUCUGUUUGCUCUAUCUGCCUAUUGAUAGAAUCAUCUUUUCCUUCCUUUUCUUAAGCUCCUUAAUUCCCUUAUUCCUCCCCUGCCUCUAAAUCUUCUUCCAGACUUUAUGCCUCUAAUAACCAAUAGUUUCAUAAGAUGCAAAUUACUCCCCUCCUCUAGCUCCACAUUGGUACUUUCCAAGAAACUCAUUUCAAAUGAAAGGAGAAAGACGGUGGAGGAUAGGGCAGCAAUUCUUGAAUUCACUGCAAUGUAACUGAGUACCCUCUGGGCACAUUAUCCAACUUUAAAAGAAAACAUGACUGUAGGUGUGUAUCUUUCAUGCCGUAAUUACCAGAUAUAUCUUCGGGUUUUUUUUUUUAAUUAAUCUUUAUCUUUACCAAAGUAAUACAUGCACAUAACUUAAAGAGAACCUAAGGCUCAUAAUGAAAUCUAACAGGUUUCCUGCCCGACUCUGCCCAGCCCCUCCUUCCUCCCACUCCCACUUCCCAGGGAUAACCUUUGAAACGAUUUUAGAUGUUUCCUCUGAUAUUCACCAUGAUAGUUCUAAGUCAUGACCUUAUGCUGCUAAGUUUUUGUAGGCGUGAUAAAAUGACUUCUUGUUUUGAAAGAUGACGAUUUUUAUCCAAACACAUUCAUAUUUUUUGUUUAUUCAGCAUCCCAAUAUUCAUUACCCAUCAUCCUUUAAAUUUGUUCACGAUCACACAUUUUCUUCUACUUUGUCGACCCAUUCCAACCCCCCUUCUCUUUCUCUUUCAUUUUUUUCAGAAAACAUUAUUAAACCCCCAUCACCUCAUUUUUCUCUGUAUAUAAAGUUUUAUGUGUUAAACCUCUAAAUUUUCAGGUUUUGUUUGUACUACAACAUAGCCUCAUCUGUGUACAGUGAUUUCAUCUGAAAAAUAGAAAAUGAGAUGUCUUAGACUUUACAAGGCACUAUCCUUUGUUCAGUGGUUGAGGGGAGGGUCUGGACUACAAAUAAGUUAUAAAGUACUAUGUGGAAAAGUGUCAAAUCACUAGGAAUGCUUUCAGUUGUGCAGUAAUGAUAUCUGACAUGAUGUGAGAUUUGCCAUGCUACCUUCCAAUUUAAUCUGAUCAUAUAUUUGAUGUGAAUAAAUGCUUUAUUUCUGAAUGUUUCCUUGCAAGGCU